AUAGCUGGCUCCCGACCAUCGUAGCAGUGUGUAGUGAUUGGCCCACCACUAGCGAACUCAAAAAAUGGUUUAAUUUUGUAAAUAAUGAGCAGCGCUUUCAAAAGAAAAUAUUUAACGCCUAUUUGCGAUCGUAAGAUAAUGUUAAAAUGGAUAUAGAAUGGAUUGAUGACGAUGACGAACUAGUGGCGGCCUUGGCGGUACACGAACAGCAGAUAACAGAGCAAAGCGAAGAAAAACCACGGCAUGGAAGUUCAAAUAAAGCCUGCGAAGGAUUCGAUAUGUCCACUGGGCACAACUGGAUCUAUCCAAACAAUAACCCUCUGCGAACCUAUCAACAAAGCAUCGUUCAAUCGGCACUGUUCAAAAACACCCUGGUGGUGCUUCCCACAGGAUUGGGAAAGACGUUCAUUGCGGCGGUGCUGAUGUACAACUUCUACAGGUGGUAUCCCAAGGGAAAGAUCGUGUUUAUGGCUCCUACAAGGCCCCUGGUAUCCCAGCAAAUAAGCGCGUCCCAGAAGACUAUGCCCUUCCCCUCGGCCGAUACCGUGCAACUAACAGGACAACUCCCGCGAAACAAACGAGCUGAACUCUGGGCCACCAAGAGGGUCUUCUUUGCCACGCCACAGGUAGUUUACUCAGACAUGCUGGAUGCGGAUGCUUUCCCCUUCAGCUCCAUCAAAAUGAUGGUGGUGGAUGAGGCUCACCGGGCUAAGGGUCGCUAUGCUUACACCCAAGUGGCCGACUGCCUGAUGACGCGCAACCACAACUUCCGCAUGCUCGCCCUGUCUGCCACUCCAGGAAGAACCAUGGAGGAUGUGGCUACAGUUUGCAAAAACCUGUACAUAUCCAACCUGCAGGUGCGAUGGGACAACUCGAUCGAUGUGCAGCCCUACAUACACAGGCGGACUAUUAGAACCAUAGUGGUCUCUUUAAAGGAGAGAAUCAAGGAGUCAAGGGAGAAGUUGCUGCAGAUUAUCGAACCUUAUCUACGUCAGCUCAUUGAAGCGGAAAUUUUUAAAGGCAACAAGGGAAGCAUCAGCAAAAACAGUUUGCUCUUUGAACAGAAAACCUUCACCGAACGCUCGGCACAGGGCCAGCGACAUCCGGAUCACAACAUUAUAAUGGGCAACUUCUCCAUGUGCAUCAGCAUGUAUCACUCGCUGGAGCUUAUGGAGCGCCAUGGUCUUCGUGUGUUUGUCAACAAUUUCGAUGCAGACGAGGAUGGCCGUGAAAAGUUUGUUCUGGCUAGAGAUGGCGAGCUGAGGAACUUGGUGGAGAAGGUACGACUUGAACUGGGUGCCAAUCCGCUGGACUACACCACACAUACCAUGACAAACGGAGAAGUACCUGCGAUACCCGUUGAUCUUGACUUUGGCCAUGACAAGUACGAAAAGUUACGGCAGGUUUUGGUCCAGCACUUUGAAUCGAAGACUGAUUCCCGUGCCAUUGUGUUUUGCGAGUACCGUGAGUCCGUGAUGCUGAUCCACCGGCUACUCCUCCAGCACAGGCCCGUGCUUCGUCCGCGUUGCUUUGUUGGCCAGGGCAGCACAGUCGGAGCCAGCUACGCUCUCACCCAGAAACAGCAGCUGCAGAUUAUGGCCGACUUUCGGGCCGGCACCAGCAACGUACUAGUGGCCACGUCGAUCGGAGAGGAGGGGAUCGACGUGGGCGAGGUUGAGUUAAUAGUGUGCUUUGACAUCUGCAGCUCCAAUCCCACAAGAUUUGUUCAGCGGAUAGGACGCACAGGAAGGAAGAAAAACGGAGAAGUGGUAAUGCUGGUUACCGAGGGACGAGAACAGCAGGUGUUGAAGGAAGUCUUGGCCAACAAGGACCAGAUCAACAAAAAGCUAUUAAACUCAUCUGUCGUAAAAUUGUCGCUCUACGAACAUAAUCCACGAAUGGUGCCAACACAAUUUCAACCAAAGUGCCAAGAGAAGCACAUGGAGACGGCUGUUGAGGAGAAACCCAAGCCCAAGAGUUCUGCCAAGCCUAAAAAUGUUAGCAAACAGAUGAAAGAAAUUGUAAAGUCUGGCAACCUAAUGAAGUACUUCAAAGAACUCACUCCCUCCGAGAGUCAGCAAGGAAUCCUGGAGGGGAUGCAGCCCUACCAAAUGAGCGAAUCCUCACAGCAAAUGGUCAAACAGCAAGUUCUUCGCCGAAGCGUUAAUCUGAAGAAUUUCUUUACCGAAUCUGAGUCCAGCUCCACUUUAACAAGCAGUCAGGAAGAUGUGCAACGCCUGCGAAAACUCUCUCGCCUCUUGCAAUCAAACAAACCAUUGAUAAUAGACUCCCAAGAUCUUAUAAGCCAUCUGCAGGAUGAGCAACUACCCAAACCACUAAAGCUCUAUUUGCUGCAGAGCAAUCCCCAUUUCCUGAGGGAAACCCUCUCAAAGAUGCAGGUCCAGAGCCAAUUGCAUAUUACUGAUGAUCGCUUAAACAGUAGACAGCAGCGCACCCGAAACAAUUAUCUACUGCUCCUGGACAUUUGCAAUGGAAGUGACAAGUUGGAGGACCUACUUCAAGAGGAGAAAAGUGUUUUAGAGAUCACCUUCAGGGAUCUGAGGAACCCCAUGGAUCAGCAGAAGGAAAGAGAGUUUAUUGAUAACUGUGAUAAGAUUUUCGAAGGUCUGGAUGAACAAGGCCUAAACUCUGACAACUUUGAACUGAAGCAAGAUCUGCUAGAAAAGCUGGAGUUGCGAAAUCUGGAAGUCACUGUAAACGAACAACUAGGCGGUAUAGAAACCUCCUGGUCAGAGGAUGAAUGGGAGGAACGGGAGGUUGAAGUGAAAGGAGAGUCCUUGUACCUGGACCAGCAAUUUAAUUUUUCAACUGCAGAUGCAGUGCCGCUUAGCUCCACCCCUUUGAGAGUAAAACACGAAAGCAGACUACGGGAGGAGGCAGAAGGUGAGUGUAACUCCCGGGUUGCGGCCAGUGAUUUGGGUGACAACUUAGGUCGCUUAAACUCCUUAAUGAGCACUAGUGAAUCGAUUUUGAAGACUGAACCAACUGAAAUAUCACCUCCUAGUCACAUUCAAGAGUCUAUAAUAGAAGCUAAUUUGUAUCCUGUCGUUGUAGAAAGUGAAAUUUACCCAUUGAGCUUGGAGGAAAACAAGGUCAGUGCUGAGCCGAUUUCAGAUAUGAAAAUUCAUGCAGAAUCCACGAUUGAUUUAGAUAUCGAUUUAGAUGAUUUUUUAGAGCCAAUGGACAAGGAAGUCGAACUGAUCUCUCAGAAAAAGGUAUUGCAAUUUAUAGACUUGGUAGAUCCCAAAGCUGAGAAAGCGCAGCUAAUGACCCAGCAGACAACUGAAACAUGCGAUGAUGAUUUGGAGCUACUGACCGAAGAUUUCCUAGAGCCGAUGCGAGAGGAAGUGGAGCUAAUUAGUCAGCAAAAGCUGGAUGAAUUUAAGGAUUUUCUAGAGCCAAUGUCAGAGGAAUUAGAGUUAAUGAGCCAGCAGAAGAGAGAAAAUCUUUCUCCAAAUACAGAAGUCAAAGAGAAAAAACUUUCCUUGAGCCAAUCUAAAAAUAAUUCGCGAAACGUUUCGCCAGAUAUCUUUGGGUCCGAUUCGUUAUCGCCUUGGAAGCCUCAAGGCAAAAGUCUGGCCGCAAAAUUGGCAGCCAAGACAGUAGCAAAAGCUUUACCGCCACCAGUUCUUAAAUCGCCAGAAAACCGUAAGCGCGCGAAUCCUCAGACCCAAGAUAAAUCUCCGAGCAUUUUCGAUCUGUAUUUGAAUCGUAUGCGAGGACGCGGGCGGCUGGCAAAAGCUGCUGAAACCUUACACCGUCUGACUUCAAACACUUCAAACACAUUGGCUAACGACGAGGAAGAUUCACCAAUAGCACGGCGUCCCUCGAAGCGCAAGAUUGUCAUAAGCUCCGAUGAAGAGGAAGAACGGAAGACGCAAGUUGCGGUAACGGAAGGCUACUACGAGUCAGAUGAUUACGAACAAAUUCCAGACACACAAAUGUGUGAAACGCCCACACCUCCUAUCAGACCUCGUCAAAAGCGCAGUAAAUUUAAUUCCUUUAUUUUGGAUGAGGCUGAUAAAAGCGGAUCAGAACAUGAAGAGGAAGCGGAGACCACUAUUGGCACAUAUCUGAAGGACUCUGUGAUAGUUUCAAGCGAUGAAGACGAUCAUAACGACACUAACACUCAUGCCAUUUACCUUCGAGCAAUGAAGAGCCCCGUUCAACGGCCAGGUGCCUUCAAAAUGCCCCCUCCACGAGUAUAUCGCGACGAAUCCCAUAUAUUCUCUCAGCCAGUGGAGGAUGAUUCCUCACAGUACAUGCAGUGCUCAUUUAUCGUUGACGAUGAAAGUUCGGCCAUCGAAAGUGGUCGUGAUGUUUUUGAAUGUCCUCUUGAGAAGGCCGAACGUAUUCUAAAGGAGCGACGUAAGUUGCGUCGACAAGGUAAACUGCAACAAGAACCACUCAACAAGCGACGACGAUUGCAAACCAUGAGCACAUCUAGUGAUGAAGAGGAUGUGGUUUUAGUUAAGUGAGGAUAAGGCUGCACAUAUCUGCCAUUGUAUUUAUAAAUUUGUGAUCGAGCACAUUUAGUCUAAAUUGUUAAUCCUUUACCGAUUUUAUUUUGUUACUUUAAUUAUAAAUAUGGGACUACAUGCUGCUAUAGGAAUACAUUGAACUGCAAAUAACUGUAAACUCUUAAAAACACUUGGAUACCCGUUUACAAUCGAAGUACAAUACAACAUUUUUACAAUUGUUUAACUUUAAGUACCAUUGCCAUGUUUGAAAAGCAUACAAAUAUAUUUAUAUUAAUAUGUAAAA